AUGCCGGCCUCACUGACAGGGCAGAAGGCAGAGGCAAAGCUUGUCAUCCAGACUCUGUUCGGCGAGUCCUGUGACUCGUAUGCCGAAGCCGUCACCGCUAACUUCCGUGGUCGGGUCUGGAAGAUCCGUGAUCAGUCAGGAGAGCACACGCAGCUGGCAUAUGAUGUACGCGGCCGUUGUAUCCGUUCUAAGUUCCAGGUAGCGGUCGAGUACAAGGCCGUCCUGGAUUGGAACAAGAAGGAGAAUACGGAACUUGACUCUCGCAGUUUCGAGACCCGUGCAGAGUUUGACAACUUUGGCUCUCCAGUAUGGGAUGUUGAUGUUCAGAGGAACGAGACGCGGCGAGUGUUCUCACGCCGUGGACACGCAUCGAAAGUGGAGGUCCGGCAUGUCAGUAAGCCGGACGAGUGGCAGACAUAUCUCGUUGACACGACCUUUGAAGCUGAUGGAUUGCCGUUAUCCGUUACAUAUGGCAAUGGCACACGCACGACGUUUACCUAUCAACCUCGGUCCCGUCAUCUCCUCACCCAGCGAACCGUGUCUCUGAAGCCUGGUAACGGUACAAAGGGUGAAGAAGUCAAGGAACAUCUUUCCUUUACCUACGACAUAGUCGGUCGUCGCGUGUCCAGGAGCAACAAGGCCGACAAGCUUGUCUUUGUCGGCGGUACGCGCAUCAGUGCGGACUUUACCUACAGCUACGAUGUCAUCGGACAGCUGGUCAGCGCAACGGGGCGAGGGCAACUCCCGGCUGGGGUCACACGGCUGCAACCAUAUAGUGCCAUGAGUGGAAACACGGACAGAGUAGGACCUGCUGAGGGGGACAGAAUGUUCAAUUACAGGGAGUCCUACACGCACGAUCUAGCGGGCAACAUGACGCGUAAUAGAUUUGCAGCCGCAAAUCCGAGCGCUGGGAGCAAACAAGGCAAUCUUCAAGGUAAUAAGGGUACGGAGCGUGUGCAGCUCACAAAUGUGCCUGCGCUCCGCAAGAACGCCAUCGAAGCCUUCGGAAAACGCGAGCACGACUCCAAAUCCUACAUGGAAACGAUAUGGGAUAGUCCCCCGCAGGUUACUCGGGGCAUGACACAUGAUGCAACGAAGGCCGCGAUGAGGAUGCAGAAUGACUGGCAGGUGGCCCAAAUGAGUCGCACAGACCUCAACCGCGCAUUCGGGAUCAUGGAAAAGAAGUUGAAAACCGUGGGCGAUUCACUGUGGGACAGUCGGACAACGGAUCCAAAGAAAUUGCCCGCGAUGACCUUUCGGGAGACGAUCAGGCGGCCGCUCGAUGUGCUUAAGGAGGAGACUUCAUAUGUUGGGAUCAGCAGCGAUAAGUUCAUCAGCGAUCAGAAGCGGUACCAGGCGGUUGAAAAGGCCGUCUCGGGCCUGGUUAGCUUUGCCAAUGAGAAGCUUGGUCCGGAUGGACCCACGGCCCAACAGGCAAAGGCUCUUCAAACCGUCAUGAAUCAGCGAGAUGGUCUGGCAAGACUCUGGGAAAGAUCCAUCCUGGACCAAGAAGUUGUGCGGGAUAACUCCCACAGCUACCAGGUGCAUACGCUGACCAAGAAUCCACAAUGUCCUCGGGGAUGGCACCCAACCCUUCCAACAAGAGGUAGUAUUGCACUUCGGACAGUGGUGUUCUAUAGAUUCGAGGAAGCCUGA